GCAAUGGCACUGCUCAUGACCAUAACCGUUCUUACCAUAGUCACAGCACAGCAAGAGGACCUGCAGCAACCACCUCCACCACCAAUGUUGCCUGAGGAAGAAGUGGGAGGAUGCAGCAGAACAUUCUUCUCUGCUCUGGUGCAGCUGAUACCAUGUAGAGCAGCUGUAGCUCCUUUCAGCCCGAUCCCACCGACCGAAACAUGUUGCUCUGCCGUUGUCACACUUGGUCGUCCUUGUCUUUGCCUUCUUGCCAAUGGACCUCCACUCUCUGGGAUUGACCGCUCCAUGGCUCUUCAGCUUCCUCAGAGAUGCUCUGCUAAUUUCCCACCCUGCGAUGUCAUUAACUAGAAAGGACAUAUCUUCCU